AUGCAGAUCUCACCCUUACUGGCUGGUGGACUUUUACUCGCGCUGCUCUCCGUCAGGCUGGAGGCGAAGCCGGCGUCUCAGCUCCCACAGAAGGCCUCCCGCGGGUCGGCAGCGGCGGCGGCAGCGGCGGCGGCAGCGGGUCCGCCCGAGGCGGCGGAGCGGGAGAAGGAGCGGGAGAAGGAGCGGAGCAGCGGCGGCGGCGGCGGCUCGGGCCCGCGGGAGGCGCGGGAGGCGCGGACCGAGGCGCGGCCGCGGGCGGGCUGGGCGCGGCUGCUGCAGGACCCGCCGGGCCGCCGCCACAAGGGCCUCCACAAGAAGGGCCUGGGCAAGGGCUGCUUCGGGCUCAAGCUGGAUCGCAUCGGCGCCAUGAGCGGCCUCGGAUGCUGAGGGACCCCUGGCGGGCUUUGAAUCCGUAGUCCACUUUUUCCUACAACACACGGCCAGGCACGGCCAUCCCCCAGGCAACAGCUAGAGAAGCAGAGACCCCCUUGGAACGGCAAAAGAUGCGGCUGUGUUUUUCUUUUUUGGUACGAGGAGUCAUGGCACCAACUGUUUUGGUUUUGUUAUUUUUUUAACAAGUGCUCUCUAUCUUAUAUAUAUUAUAUAUACAAACACUCACCGAGACAAGGGACAGUGCUUUUCCAAGAGACUGAUGA